AAUGAAGAUUCUGAUGAUGAAGAGCAAGUUGAGACUUUGUUUUAUAGAACAUUACUAAAAUGGAACAUGAUAAAUUUAACCGAGGGCUACAAAAAAUUCCGAAUGGAAGUAAAAGGUGUAGUCACGCUCAAGCAGUUGAUAGAGUUCAAGCAGAAGGUGGUAGACUCGCUAAAAUAUCAUUUAAAAGUAAACGACCCUGCUUAUCUUCAAGCAAUAUUAGAGAUGGUUGUGGCAGCAGCUCGAGAUCUCCAAAGAGAAUUUCACGACUUUAUUCCAGACUUUCUAGUUAUCAUAAUAGACUUGCUCAAUACUCAAGACCCUGAUGUCCUGGAGUUCACAUUCAUCAACCUAGCGUACCUGUUCAAAUUCAUGUGGGUUUACUUCGUAAGAAAUAUUGACACGACCUUCGAAAUUUUACUUCCUCUUCUAGCUGAUAAGCGGGUAUACAUCAACAAUUUCGCAGCUGAAAGUUUUGCUUUCGUCGCUAGAAAAAUAACUGACAAGGAUAAAAAUUCUUUUUUGACACUUUUAUUCUCUGCUUUGAAGAAAAAGCCCAGUGGUGUCCACGGUUGCGGUAAAUUAUUAUUCGAAGUUGUCUCAGGAGUUCCCGGAAGAUUUAAUUCUCAUGCUGAAAAAAUGUUUAAUAUUUACUUCCAAGUUCUUGAAGAUGAAAGUAUUGAUUCUGAGCUAGCAUUUGGAGUUUUGUCGAAAAUUUUUGAAUGUGUUAAUCAUUCAAUCAAUCCAACUCACAGUAAAGUUUUCUGGGAUGUUAUUUUUCAGAGGCUGGAUCAGAACUCGAAGAGCGAAAAUGAAAAAGUUUUAGUACCUUUGGGGAAGCUUUUAUUAAUUGUUUUGAAUCAUAGAGGUGGAAGGAUGUUGCUAGACCCAGUGUUACUAACUUCGCUGAUCAUCAAAGGAAUUUCUAUCUUUGAAAAAAAAAGUAAUUUAGUCUUACAUGAAUUUAUAGAGCUGUCUGUGUCAAUAUUAUUAGCAGAAAAUAUUCAAUUAUCACAAGAAACUUCCCCUAAAUUAAUUUCGGAGCUUCUGGCGAUCAGCAAAAAAGAAAUCUUGAUUGAAAUUAUUGAAAAACUCGUCAACCAUUCAUCAUUUAAGACCCGGGUGCUUCCCUUAGCUCUUCAGCAGGAUGUUUUAACGAAAGAAUUUACUAAUAAUGAUUUGAACUUGUUUACUAAAAUUGUUUCGGUAAGAGCUCCACCAAAACUCAACGGAAUUAAUCUUGACAAAUUGAGAGAAAUUAAUUUAAAUCUUCACAAAUAUCCUACUGAUACAUUCACGAUUUUAAUUGAAAAACUUAAAAAUUGGGAAGAAGCAGACGAUAUUUCUGAAGAUUCCUUAAGGAUAAUUACCAUUUUACCUUACGUAAAUAUUUUAAUGAAACAAGAAUUAGUCACUGUUUUAAAGCAAGUUUUAGUUUCAAUGUUUGAAAAGUUAAUUCAAGAUGAAUCAGUAAAUAAAAUCGAGAAGAGAACUUUCGCUUUUCUUUUAACUCUCGAGUCUAUUGUUCAUCUGUUGACUGAAGAAGAAAUUGAUCACUUCCUGGAAGAAUCUACAAUCAAUUUUGAAACUUUAACUGCCAAGUAUUGGGACAAUACAAAUAUUUUGAACGCAGUUGAUUUAUUCUACACUCAUAUUUCAUCUACAAAAUUUAAGGAUAAAUAUAUCAAUGUUCAAACUUUUGAUUCUUUGAAUACUCAUCUAGCAAAAAAGCUUGCUUCGCCUUACCGAAAUGUCCGGCUGAUUGUUUGUCACAUUUACUAUCUCUUCAAGGAUGUCAAAGAGAUUUUUAUUAACAAAAGCAAUGAUUCCAGCAGUGUCUUGGAGAUUAUGUUCAUGGCUGAGAGCAUCGAGGUCUCUGUUCAGAGCUACCGAGACCGUUUGUCUCAUUUGCAAGCACUGUCAUUCAAAUCCAGAAGUUUAAUUGAAUUACAUCCGAGAUAUUAUCAUGGACCAUUGUAUUUCCUGCUUGGAAAUUUCUUUGUAAAUUUUUCACUGCUCUGGGAACCAGUCAGCCAAAUAAUUGCUACGUACGCAACUGGAGAAUUUACGGAUUUUUGGCCAACUUUUCUUGGAGAAUUGCAAAAAAAUUUUGGCACGCUUAGCUCUUGUGCCAGCGGGUUAUUUUCUUGUGAAAUUCUUAAUAAUUUAUCAAAAUCAUUGAUCACAAAUGAUAAACCUGACUAUAAUAAUUACCAAACUUUACUCUGGACGUGUAUGAAUAAAUUUUCUGAGUACUCUGAAGCGCGAAACCGUGAUUUGACGGUUUUGUUUAUAAAUUUUGUUGAAAGUAAUUACUUUACAUCUAAUUCUGACAAAUCUUUUAGCAUUGAGAAAAAAGAUUUAGACAAAACAGGAGAUGAAGUUGUAAAAGAGCUUGAAGAUCUUGAGGAUGAAGAAGAAGAAACUAAAGAAGACUCUGAAAAAACUGAUGACAGAAAAAUAGAAGAUUUGCCGAUAAAAAAAAUGAACUUAGUAAAAAUGGGUGGCAAGACAUCAAACUUAAAAUUGCUUUUAGCUCAACUUAAAUUGUUUUCACAGAUGCACAACCCGAGAUCUUUGUACCGAGAACGAGAAAUGUACGACAUUUACAUGGACUUGUUAAAAUCAAAGAGCAUGGAGUUGCAAAAAGCAGUUUUAGAUUGUGUCUUUACUUACAAACAACGAGAGUUACUACCUUACAAGGAGCACUUGUACGGAUUAACAGAUGAGAAAAAUCUCAGGAACGAAUUAGCGCGUUUCAAAGUCGUUGAUGAUCACGCACCUUCUGAAACUAUAAAGCCAGAGGACCGGACAAUUGUCAUGCCAAUUCUUAUGAGACUCAUUUACGCGAAAAUGGUGACUCGAGGUACGGGACGCGCUGCUGGAGCUGCUGGAGGAUUGGCGAGAAGAAAAAUAAUAGUGAGGUUUUUGAUGGGAGUUAAGGAAGAAGAAAUGAUGUUGUUUGCAGAAAUGGCUUGUAAGCCUUUUGAAAAGUACCAAAUAAACUUCUUUACUGAUGAUCAGUUUAAAGACAUAAGAAGAUUGACGACUGACUUGACCAAGAAUGUAGAUCUGUCCAACAUAAUUAUCCACCCGGAACGUUUAAGAAGCGCUAUUAAUUUGCUGUCAAUAUUAAUUGAAGAGUUCGGAGGGAAAAUGUCGAAGAAUUUGCUUCCCAGACUUCUCGCGAUUCUUCUUUGUGCCUUGGCUCAGAUAAACGGCAUCUUAAAUCGUUCGAAAAAUGUCCUUUCAGGAUUUUUAUCGAUCACAAAAGAGCUGAAGAAUACCUGCAUGGGAAUCCUUGGAAGAUUUUUCGAACACUUUGAAACCUACGAAUGGUCUCAAGCAGAACUAGAUGCUCUGUUUGAUGUCGCGGUGUUUCCUUGGCUUGAAAAAUUACCAACUGAAGGUGUCUACAGUCCCACAGUUCUCUUGAAGCUUUUCAGUGCAUGGUGUCAAAAUCCGCGGUACCACUGUCUUCUUAUAAAGCAUCAAGAAGAUAAUCAGAAAAUGAUUUGCUUGCCUUUUAUCAUGAAGCUGCUUUUGGGAGAAAAGACUCAUCACACUGUUGUGAAUACUAUUCUCGAAAUGAUCAAAAAUUUGUUAACUCUGCAAGAUUAUGAGAAAAUGGAAGUAGAUGAUGCUGACACAUUGCCUAUUGUCCCUUUGAACCCGACGAAUAUCUUAGAAGUCAACGCAGAAACUGCCUUGCCUGGGAAGUUUAUUAACUACGGAUCUGCGAUACUUUUGCCCUACGUUCCAGAUGUUCUAGAGUUUCUGAAACGAAGGUUGCUAAAGUCCAAAAUGAAUGUCAAGAAAAUAGAGGCUGCGAUACUGUCCAGAAUUUCAGAAUUGAGUCUCAAUUCUGAAACAUCCAACACUUUGACUCUUUUGUUGAUACCAAUUGCAGUAAAACGGGCGUCCAGAGGAGAAUCUGAUCAAAUAAUUGAAGAACUUCUUAUUACUAUAACGAAUUUACUGAAGAAUGUGGACAAACCUCAAGAACAUUUGAAGUCUCUUCUGCCUUUAUUGUUCUACAUUUCAUCAGUGUCUUUAAGAAAAAAUCUGUUAGAAAUAUUCAAGACAAUAGUUUCUAAAGAAACAAUGAUGCGCAAUCUGGAGCUUUUGGUAUCUUUGAAUGCUAUGAAUCCACGAUGGGUUGAACAACCGGAUUGUGAAAAAAGGCUUGAAACUUUCCAACAAAUAAACUCAAUUAUAUCCAGCCAAGAUGAUGAAGUUUCAAAGACACUUACUCUAGAAUUUGGAGUUGCUGUUUUGUACAAUUGUUACCAUUUUUUGAAACACGAAACAGAUUUAGCGCUGAGAAGUGAAUCUAGAUGGUGCAUAAACACUUUGGGAGUGAAAUUAAUUAACAUGUACAAGUCGAAUAAUGUUGAUAGGUUAUACUUGAUUGAAGAUACGAUAUUGAGUUUGAUUAAAGAAGGAAUUAAGAGUAAAAAUGACCACAUUAAGCUACAAUCUAUUUCAUUUUUUGGUACUUUGUCCAUGAACUGCUCCGAUGCUCAUCCUGUUUUCCGUGAUCUUCAUUUCCUAACAAAUAAAAUCGAUCCGGAAGUUGAUUUCUUUGAAAAUCUUCAGCAUUCUCAGGUGGGCAGAAGAGGAAGAGCUUUGCUUAAAUUUUGCAGCUUUGCAAAAACUUUAACAAAGCCUCCAAAUAUCAAGACUUUAACGCAGUUUAUUUUCCCACUGGCUUCUUCGUUUCUUUGUGAUGAAACUUACGCUUCCAAAAAUAGUAUCGUUGAUGCUGCUAUUGAAGCUAUUGGCACUAUUUGCAGGCUAUUGCCCUGGCAUCAGUACUCAGUGAUACUAAAAUAUUAUCUGGAUAAAAUUAAUAAAGUUAACGAGUUUCAGCGGCAAGUUAUCAGGAUAAUUAUCGCUAUUUUGGACGCUUUUCAUUUUGAUUUGGCUAAACUGAAAAUCGUUGAUAAAAUUAUCGAUGAUCAGAAGACAAUUGAUCCACCGGAAAAGGAAACUGAAACUGUUGAAGAAGAAAAUAAACCAGAGGAAGAUACAGUGGAAGAAACUAACGAAGAACGAUUAGAUGAAGAACUGGCGAAGGAUGAAGAGAAAGUAUCAGAAGAAACUAAAGAAGAAUCAGCAGAACUUGUUAUGGAAAAAUUGACAGUUCUUUCUCAAUCGGCUGCCAAAAAAUUGGUCUUUGAUAUCACUCACACACUUUUGCCGCAACUAAACCGUUCAAUUUUGUCAAGAACUCAGCACGAAUUGAGCCACAAGGUCAACAGAAAGCGCAGUGGAUAUGAAAAAGAAGAAGAAGAACUGAUGCGGGUGCCAAUAGCUCUUGCUCUUGUUAAAUUAUUGCAAAAACUUCCAGGCCCAAUACUUAACAAAAGUCUUUCUGGUAUUUUCAUGAAGCUCUGCACAUUUUUGAAGUCACGUUUGGAGUCUGUGAGACGUUCUACGCGUGAAAUACUCGAGAAGAUAAUGAUAACGCUUGGACCAGACUUCCUGCAUCACUUAUUGAAAGAAAUGAAUUCUCUUUUGACAAAAGGCUUCCAAAUUCACGUGCUUGCUUAUACGAUCCACGCAGUUUUAAAUUCAUUGAAACCUUAUCUUCAAUCUAACCAUAUCAAUAAUAAUCUCCAAAGUAUACUUCAAGUUUGCAAAGUUGAUUUGUUUGGAUUGACUUCAGAAGAAAAAGAAGUCAAAGCCAUAAUAAAAAAUGUUUCUGAAGCAAAAUCAACUAAGAGUAUCAGUAUUUUCCGUAUUCUUGGUGAAUUUAUCAGCGAAUCUUGCCUCAUAGAUCUCGUACAACCCUUCUAUGAAAUUUUAUGCAGCACUAGAAGUCAUAAAGUUCUGAUGAAGGUUGUAGAAUCUUUAAAUAAUAUUUCAGUUGGAUUAGCGGACAAUGCUUUCAUAGAAGACAUAAAGAUCCUGCAAUUUAUUGGUGGUAUCGUUUCCAAAAGUAUUCCCAGUUUGACUUCAAAAUCUGAAGACAAAAAAUCGGAGAAGAAUAAAUCUGACAAGCCACAACUUAACAAACCAGAUUGUUACAUUAUUCCUGCUGCACCCAAAUCCCGGAUGGGAAUCAAAACAGCUUCUAAAACUUCUGCUGAUGCUAAUGAACACGUGAUAACAGAAUUCGCUAUGAAACUGCUGCACAUUCUUCUAAAACGAGACAAAAUCACCGGAGCAGAGUUCAAAGAUUAUAUGGAUCCAUUAGUGCCAAUCAUUGCUGACAAUUUGAAAUCCCAGCACAUCAAACUAGGUACCUUGUCUCUCCAGUCUAUCAACAAGAUUCUGCUCAUGAAUUUGGAUUCUAUUCCUCAGCACAUUGAAGGUAUCUGCGAAACAGUCUUCAGCAUUCUUGACAAAUACGGUUCUGCUGGAUUGGCAAAAGGAGAUAACUUUGAGCUAGUGACAGCAGCGUUUAAAACAAUGUCCACUUUUGUCAGAGAUAUGAAGACCUUCAAUAUGACUUUUAAUCAAAUAAAAGUUCUGAUUUUGUACAUAGAACAGGAUCUUUAUAACAACGAACGACGUGCUACUGCGUUCAGUUUGAUAAAAGCAAUUAUAGAGAGAAAAAUAAAGGCGUCGGAAAUACACCAAGUCAUUGAAAAAGUUUCUGUACUUAGCGUUACUUCAGACUCUGUUGAUGUUCAAAAACAAUGUAGAGAAGUGUUUUACAAAUUCCUUAUGGAAUAUCCUCUCGGGAAGAAAUUGGAGAAGCACUUGUCAUUCUAUUUGGCUCAACUGAGUUAUGAAUUGACUCCGGGACGGAUGAGUGCUCUGGAAAUGAUCCACGACAUCAUCAACGGAUUCCCAGAAGACAUUCUUAUAAAACAAUCUGCAUUGAUAUUCCUGAUGGUUGGUGCUAGACUCGUCAACGAUGAAGACCCUACUUGUUGUAAAUUCGCUGCUAAGUGUGUCAAGGUUUUAAUUACUCGCGUUAAUCAUAAUCAAUGUCUCAAACUGUUUGAGAUUGUUCUUCAGUGGUUGAAAGACAGCAAUUUAUUACACAGGCGUCUUGCUGUUCAACUUUGUGGAAUUUUUGUCGCUGUUAAAAAAGAAGCUUUUGAGACACAUUUAGAAGAACUCUUGCCGCUGAUUCUUAAACAAUUUUACGCUAGCGACUCUGAGAAUCAGGAAGAAGGCAAGUUUGUGUUGAAGAAAACAAGAAGAAAUAAUCAAGUUACGAUUAAAGAUUUAGAUAGAGUCAAAGAUCACCUUGUCUUUCAAACUCUGCAGUUGACGUUGAAAAUAUCUUCUUACUGUCAAGUUUUUUUGAAGUCUGAUAAGUAUGUUGAUCAAGUACAGUCUCUUGCUGAGUACGCGCAAUCCUUUUUGGCUCACCCGCAUUUGUGGGUCAGGUUGGCUGCCACUCAGCAAAUUGGAUUCGUUUUGGCGGCUAUUGAUGAAGACAAGUUGAUUAAAAUUAUUCAGGAGUCAAAAAGUAAAACUGUUGAUGUAAAAAAACUUAAGAAUGAAGAUGAUAGUGAAGAUGAAGAUGAUGAUGAUGAUGAUGAUGAUGAUGAUGAUAAUGAUAAAAUAGAAGAGAAAGAAUUAAACAAUACAAAUAAUAUAAAAGGAUACAUUUAUUCAAAUCCAAUAAAAACAUUACGGAGUCUUAGUUUAGAUCUGAUCGCACAAUUAUACCCCGAGAUGAACGUAGAAGAAUUAUCUGACCAAGUUGUUAAAAAUUUAGUAUUUAUUGCUCGAGUAAUUAAAUCUAUACCUUGGAGUAAUGACACACCUGACAAAAGUGAAGAUACUGCAAAUAACAUAUCUAUUUUCUGGUUAUUAAAAAGAUUGAAGAGGUCUGUUAAUUUUGAGAUUAGGCAGUAUUCAAAAUCUCCGCAUGUGGUAAGUUAAAAAUUUAUUUUUUCUUUUUUAAUAUUACUAUCUUUUAUGAUGCUAAAAUUAGCAGACAUCUGACAAUUUUUUUAAUUUUUAUAACAAAUAAAUUACAAUGAAGUAAUUUAAUUAUUUCAGAGAACAGCUGUAUUCAAAUGGAUCGCAGGAGUGGUAACAACUAUAGACAUUGAUCCAUUUUUAAAGCCUAUUUUAUUCCAAUUAAUGUCGCCGCUUGUAAGAGAAAUGUUGACAACAGAAGAAUCAAGUGAAGCAUUAAGACAAUUGUCGAAUGAAGUUGGAAAAUUGAUAAAAAGAAGAAUUGGUGAUGAGCUUUAUAAUUCAUUACUUGUAAAGGUUCAACAGAAAAUAGAGAUCAAAAAAUCUGAGCGGAAGAAAAAUCAAAAGCAACUGUUUAUUACGAAUCCAGAGUUGGCUGCAAGACGUAAAAUUGCCAAACAACAGAAAAAGAAAGAAGCGACAAAAAGAAAAAAUGCUCAAAUUCGCGGAAAAAAAGUGUACGCUAAAAAACGUAAAUUACAAGAUGAUGAUUAG